AUGUCUCGCGGGAACAAUGCUAUUGUGCGGUUGAGAGGUGGUCCGGGUCCAGGAGAUGACGAUGCGCUGCACGUCCAAGGUGGGCGGGAAGACGGAGUCGAAGAGGGGAGGCGGCGGGUCGAGAGCGAGGUGGCAGCGCGGUCCGCGGAGCACAAGAAGAGAAGCGAAUCUCGCGAUGCGGGCGGCCUGUUCCUGGGCACGGCAGGGCUCAUCGGCCAGCCAUUGGCCGUGCUGCCGGGAGUCCGUUUCAAAACCGCAUCUUAG